GUCCCACCCCCUCGAGGGAGCUGCCACUCUAGGCGUCUUGCCGGGAAAGGCCUGGUCAGCUGUGUCCUGAGGAGGCAGCUGCAGCUGACCCAGCUCUGGACUGUGCCAGAGGCGGAAGCCGGGGAAGAGCCCCGAGGAGGGGAGGGCAGGGGGGUUUGGCUGGAGCUGUAUCAUGGACCACCUCAACACACCACUCUGGCCAGGAGUUGGCUCCCUUUGUCUACUGCUAGUUGGGGUCGCCUGGGCUCCUCCAACCAAAACCACGGACCCCAAGUUUGAAAGCAAAGUGGCCUUGCUGGCGACCCGCGGUCCCAAAGACUUUCUGUGCUUCACUGAGCGAUUGGAGGACUUAGUGUGUUUUUGGGAGGAAGCGGCAAGCAUGGGGGUCGGCCCUCAGAACUACAGCUUCUCGUACCAGCUCGAGGGUGAGCCAUGGAAGCCCUGCCCCUUGCACCAGGCGCCCACGUCUCGCGGCCUGGUGCGUUUUUGGUGCUCGCUGCCUACAGCCGACACGUCAAGCUUCGUUCCCUUAGAGUUACGGGUCACAGCGGACUCCUCAGGAGCUCUACUCUACAGCCGAAUAAUCCACGUCAACGAAGUGGGUCAGUGCACUGGGAACGGGAGAGUGUCGGGAGAGGGCCACGGUCUCUGCCCACCUGAUCCACCUCUCUCUGCAGUGCUCCUGGAUCCCCCGGCUGCAUUGCUAGCGCGGCAGGCCGACGACGGUGGCCACGUGGUUCUGCGCUGGCUUCCUCCUCCAGGGGCACCCAUGACGAGCCUUAUCCGUUAUGAGGUGAACAUCUCUGCAGGCGGCUCUACAGGAGGCACUCAGAGGGUGGAGAUCACCGAUGGGCGCACCGAGUGCGUGCUGAGCAAUCUGCGGGGUGGGACGCACUACACCUUCACUGUACGCGCACGUAUGGCUGAACCGAGCUUUGGUGGCUUCUGGAGCGCCUGGUCGGAGCCAGCGUGGCUGCUGACGACUAGUGACCUGGACCCCCUCAUCCUGACCCUCUCCCUCAUCCUCGUGCUCAUCCUGCUGCUGCUGGCCGUGCUCGCCCUGCUCUCCCACCGCCGGGCUCUGAAGCAGAAGAUCUGGCCUGGCAUACCAAGCCCUGAGAGUGAGUUUGAGGGUCUUUUUACCACCCACAAGGGUAACUUCCAGCUGUGGCUGUACCAGAAUGAUGCAUGUCUGUGGUGGAGCCCCUGCACCCCCUUCACAGAGGACCCACCUGCCCCAUUGGAAGUCCUUUCUGAGCGCUGCUGGGGUGUGACACAGGCGGUAGAGCCAGGAGCAGAUGAUGAGGGGUCCCUGUUGGAGUCAGUAGGCAGUGAGCAUGCCCAGGACUCCUACCUGGUGCUGGACAAGUGGUUGCUGCCUCGAAGUCCAUCUGGUGAGGACCUCCCAAGGCCUGGUGGCAGUUUGGACAUAGUAACCAUGGAUGAAGGUUCAGACACAUCCUCCUGCUCAUUCACCUUGUCCCUGAAGCCUGAACCAAAAGGGGUCUUGGCUGCCAGCUUUGAAUACACCAUCCUGGAUCCCAGCUCUCAGCUCCUGUGCCCACGGGCACUGCCCCCUGAACUGCCCCCCACCCCACCCCACCUGAAGUACUUGUAUCUCAUGGUAUCUGACUCUGGCAUUUCAACUGACUACAGUUCUGGUGGCUCCCAGGGUGCCCAGGGGAGCUCCUCCAAUGACCCUUAUUCAAACCCUUAUGAGAACAGCCUCGUCCCAGCUUCUGAGACUUCACCUCCCAGCUACAUGGUAUGUUCCUAGGACUCCAGGCUUCCAAUACUUUAGGAUCCAGCUUGACCUCAAGUUCCAGUCCAGGCCUAAAACUUCAGGCAGGUCUCCUUCAGGACCAGGGGCAUUGAUGACUUGGCUGUGUGCCCAAUCUGUCCUGCUCCAGAAGUGACAACUAGGUAAUAUUGCAAAAUGUAUAAUCUUUUGUGUACACACACACACACAAAUACGCACACACGCACACACACACACACACCUAUGUACACUCUUACUUUCUGUAAGCUCCAUCUUUCCCUGGGCCCAGACUAUAGAAAUAGGCCUUGAGCUCAUUGUGAAAUUCUGGACCUGGUGAUUUGAAUAAAAAUAGGUAUUCAGUAAGUUACACUAGUUGCCAUAAUAAACAACUCCUAAAUCUGAGUGCCUUAACACAUUAAAUAGUUUCUCUUCUCAUACCUCAAUUCAAAUAGGUGGGUAGUCUUCCCUGGGAUGAGUCAGAAGCCCAGGCUCUUCCAGGCUAUAGAUUCACUAUCCCACAAGGCCACCCUGGAAACUUCAGUUGCAUCAUCUACACCCUGUUAACCAACAAGCAAAGAGAAAAGCAGAAGAUUAUAUGGAGUUUUUGGACUAUUAUACGGACUGUUUUGAUCUAGAAGUGCCUGUCAUCUUUUUCACAAGUCCCAUUGGCCAGAAAGUCACAUGAUCCCAGCUAGAACCACGGACAGGUGGGAAACGUAGCAAGGCUAUGACCCCAGGGAGAGGACUACUAUUUAAUGAGUCUCCACCACUAGUAACAGUACUAAUAACAUUAAUUCAUAGGGCUUUAGUCCUAAGCUGUUCAAUGGGAGUUUUAAUCACUUUUAUUUAAAAGUUUGAUAUAACCUAGAAAAGCUGAACAAAUGUGUACCUUUUGCUCCAGCAAUUCCACUUCUAGGUGUAUGCCCUAAAAACUCACAUCCCCAUGCACAAGGGCAUAUAUGUGAAAGGAUGUUCAUAGCAAUAAAGAAGUAAAUCUGAUUAAUAAAUUGGGGUAUAGCCUCCCAUGGAAUUAUAUGAAGAAAAAGGAAUGAUCUAAAAAA